CAGUUAUCGAAGAACGAUAGCUCCGAUAGGCUGCGUUGUGGCAACACGAGAUUCCGGUAUUGAAAUUCCGAAUUUCCUUGAAAGAUACAACCAUUGAACCGCCAGCUAUGCAUCCCGAUCUCACGGAGCGCAUUCUCCAGCAUUUGGAGACCACCGACAAGGCGGACACACUGGACCUGGCCGCACUCUUUGCCGAGGAUCACCAGAAGAUUGUGGGCUCAUUGAAGAGCAUACAGGCGCAUGGCGAACUAGUCACCGCGGAAACGGUCACCCACAAGAGUUUGGGCCUCACAGACGAGGGUCGCGCCGUCGUGGAGAAUGGCAGUCAUGAGGCACUGGUCUACGACCUAGUUCCGCCGGAGGGAAUCGCCCAGGCGGCUCUAAUGGCAGCCGGUGGCGCAAAUGCCAAAGUGGGCUUUAGCAAAGCCAUGUCGCACGGCUGGAUUUUGGUGGACAAGAGCGUCACGCCGCCGCUGGUGCGCCGCAAGGUGGACACCAUUACGGAUGUGGUGCGCAAUCAACUGCAGCAGGUGGCGCUGGGAAAGGGUGACCAGCUGCCUGCCAAGGAGGUGGCCGACUUCAAGAAACGCAAGCUCCUCCAGGAAACGACCACCAAGAGCUUCGUGCUGGCACGCGGCCCUGAAUUUGCCACCACUCUCACCAAGUUGGAGACGGAUCUCACGGUGGAAAUGCUCGCAAAUGGAUUGUGGGACCAGCUCAAGUUCAAGGCCUAUAACUUUGAUGCGUUGGGUGCACCACCAACGCGUGGACAUCUCCAUCCCUUGCUCAAAGUGCGCACUGAGUUCCGGCAGAUAUUCCUCGAGAUGGGCUUCUCAGAGAUGCCUACGAACAACUAUGUGGAAUCGUCAUUCUGGAACUUCGAUGCGCUCUAUCAGCCGCAACAGCAUCCAGCUCGCGAUGCCCACGACACCUUCUUCGUGAAUCAUCCGGCCAAAAGCCACAAGUUUCCGCAGGACUAUCUGGAGCGCGUGAAGAAGGUGCACUCUGUGGGUGGCUAUGGAUCGAAGGGUUACGGCUACGACUGGAAGCUGGAGGAGGCGCAGAAGAAUCUACUGCGCACGCAUACGACGGCCGUGAGUGCGAGGAUGCUGUACAAGCUGGCCAACCAGGAGGGCGGCUUCAAAGCAGCCAAGUACUUCAGCAUCGACAAGGUGUUCCGCAACGAAACACUGGACGCCACACAUCUGGCGGAGUUCCAUCAGGUGGAGGGCGUGAUUGCAGAUGUUGGUCUGACGCUGGGCGAUCUCAUUGGCACGCUGUACGAGUUCUUCAGAAAGCUGGGCAUCACGCAGCUUGAAUUCAAGCCGGCGUACAAUCCGUACACCGAGCCCAGCAUGGAGAUCUUCUGCUAUCACCCCGGCCUGGCCAAGUGGAUCGAGGUGGGCAACUCGGGCGUCUUCCGGCCGGAGAUGCUGCUGCCCAUGGGACUGCCGGAGAACGUGAAUGUAAUCGCCUGGGGUCUGUCGCUGGAGCGACCCACCAUGAUCAAGUACGGCAUCAACAACAUUCGCGAUUUGGUCGGACCCAAAGUGGAUCUAAAGAUGGUGGAGGAGGGCCCCAUCUGCCGGCUGGAUCAUGCUUAAUACCUUAAAAAAUCAAUAGGACCUGCGAUCAAAUUGCAUUUUUUUUCACACAUGAAUGUUCCAAAACAUAUUUAUAAAUAAAAGUUCCGCCACAG